GCUUGUGCCGCGGCGGCGGGUCGCGGUGCGGUGGGGCCAUGGACCUGCACAUCCUGGAGCACCGGGUGCGGGUGCUGAGCCUGGCCCGCCGCGGGCUCUGGCUCUACACGCACCCGCUGCUCAAGCUGCUCUUCCUGCCCCAGCGCUGCAGGUGCAAGUUCUUCAGCCUGACGGAGACCCCCGAGGACUACACCAUCAUGCUGGACGAGGAGGGCUUCAAAGGUACCGCGCAGUGUCCCCGCCGGGCCCGGCUGGCACCGCUGACACGAGUUGUGCACGUUCUCAGCCCACCCAAGCGCAGCAACGCUCCAGUCCUGAGCCACCGGGAGCGAGUCCCGGCUGGUAGCGCGGCUCCCUGGGAACGUGCCCGUCCCCGCGGCUCUUGGCCACGGAGCUCCCAUCCCCUCGGCGCCGGCGCUGGGGAUGUCCCAGCCUGCCCGGCCAUGGCCCAGGCAGAGCCGCGGCACUCCGGGGCCGAUUCUGCACCCACCGGGGCUGGCAGGGGUGAGCCCUGCCUGGGGGUGCUGCCGGGCAGCUGGGGCCGGGUUUUGGGGUGUCCUACAGGGGGGUUUGAGCCAUCCCAGCCCCGUCGCGCUCUCCGGGAUGUGUCAUUUGGUGACGUCUCCACGCGGGUGACCCAGCGUGUGUUCACCCUCACACCGGGGUACCGGCCCGACGGGCUGUGCCGGAGCCUCCGGACUCCGCCCGGGCUUCCCACGCCCAAACCUUCCUGCCGAGGCCGGGACCGGCCGCAGCUCAUCCCCUUGGCUGUGCCCCAGGGAGCAGAGGGGCAGCGCUCCGGCCGGAUCCAGCUCCAGCUCCCACCUCCCUGCCCGGCCCUUUGCCCAGGGAAGGGGCCGCGGGGCCGGGCUCUUCCCCCCACCUCUCCCCCAGCCCUUCCCCACGUAUUGUUUCAUUUCGGGGCCUGUGCACAAACGUUCCCCGAUCCCGAGGGGAGGGCGGGAAGUGCCGAACAAUGGUCCCGCGAGCCGGGGCCCUGCGGCUCCGUGUGUGUCCCCCAAGCCUCGGGGGCUGCCAGUGUCCCCCCGCUGCGGGCACCCCCCCACAGGAGAGCUGCACCCCCCAUCCCCCUGGAGGACAAGGUGACGCCGCGGGGUGGGUGACACGAGGACCUCGGGGUGUCCCCCCCCCCGCCCAGGGUGGUGUUGGAAAGCGAUUAAGCGGCCGGCGCUGGGACAGGUCCCCACGUCCUCGUGUGUCCCCCCCCGCGGCCCCAGCUGAGCCCUGGGCCGGAGCCGAGGUUGUUCUGGCGCUUCCUGCGCAGGAACAGGCGCUGGGAACACCCGCCGAGGGCCUGGAUCCAGCCCCGCUCCCGCCCUGCCCCAGCCGCGGAGUGGGAACGGGGUGCAGAGCCUGUCCCAUGAUGGGGACCCCCCCCGCAAUGGGCGCUGGAGCCCCCCCCGGGGUGACCUCCCCAUCAGCACUGGUGUGAUGAGUUUGCCUUCUCAGCAGGGCUGGGACACCAGAGACCCACCAGCGGGCUCCCAUGUCUCCCACGGGUGCUGCCCCCUGGGUGCGGAGAGCAGUUUGGAGACCCCUUGGGUGGCCACCCCAACAUGUCCCUUCCUGUGAGGGUGGAAAUGGUGCCCAGGGAUGAGUCCUGGGGCACCCCAGCAGUGCCGGGUUCCCUCCUGGGCAGGAGGGUGGGCGCAGUGGUGGUGGUGGGGGGCCACAACCGGGUUGUCUCUUCCCUUGUCCCCUCUGGUGCCCUGUGUCCUGCUAUGGUGCUGGGGACUCCUGGGGGGCAGGGGAUGAGCCAGGCCUCCCCAGGGUAAUGCUGGUUUUGGGGUGCAGUGCACCCGAACAUCCCCUUGCACCCACCCUGGGGUGCUGGUGUGGGGCGGAGAGGUGGGGCCUGGGGCUUGGGUGUUGCAGGUUUGGUCCCGCUCAUCCCUGCAGCCGAAUUCAGAUGUAUCUUGGCUCAUGAUGCUGGUUCUGCUCAUGGAUGGGGCUGGUCUGUGCCCCCCAACCAGCAUCUCCAGCCCCACACCUGGGGCUGAUUCUGCCCCCCAUGGCCAGCUCAUGUCAGCCCCUGAGGAGCAGUGUGACAUGUCACAGGCAGGGUGUGCGGUGUCGGAUGCGGUGUCCCCAUUCCCCCCCAGAGCUGCCG